UUGUUUUGUUGGAAGCUUAAAGUAAUUGUGUUGGUGGACAUAGCCAAUAACUCUGUUCCAGACGACCCCAUCUCUCUCCCCAAAACGGGGAGGCUCCCCUCCCCAAGAUCAGACCUUCGAUCCGUUGCUCCUCCACGGCGCCAGCCGCCAGCGCCUCCGUUCCUCAACGCCUGUUUGUCCUUGCAUGGCCGGAGCCAGACGUCGCACCUUGCCUCCACCCUCGCAUUCCGAUCACCCGCUUCCAGCUCCUCUCCGUCUCGCUGCUCCUCCUCCGCUCGCAGAGCUGAGCUGAUCGAUGGACCACGAGCAGCGGCGCCAGCGGCAGCAGCACAGUCCCAGAGGCAAUGCUCCUGGGAGCGGGAGGUGCGGCUCCUCGUCGAGGAAGCACAAGGGCGGGGGCAAGAAACCCAUCAAAGUGGUGUACAUCUCCAACCCCGUGCGCGUCAAGACUAGCGCCGCUGGUUUCCGCGCCCUCGUCCAAGAGCUCACCGGCCGCGACGCUGACCCCUCCAAGUACAGCCCCGAGGACCUCGCCGGCGCCGCCGUGGCGGCGGGCGACCCUGACUGCGGCGCCGCCCAGGGGCUCAGCCCCGGGGACACGACGGCUGCGUCGUCCGAUACCAUCGUCGCCAUCCCCAGCCCUGCCGCGGUGGACCACCUGCACGAGCACGACGCCUCGCCCGCGGCCGCGCCGGCCGACGGCGGGGACUACUACUACGACGACGAGGAGGACGAGGGUGGAUUCGGGUCGCAGCUGCUGGAGAAAUACUACACGGUAUUCUCGCCGCCGACGCUGCUCUACGACUACGACCACCACCCGCACAACAAGUUCCCAUAUGGUUAAGGGCACAUCCCGCACAUGUGUGGGGGAGGAGGGGAUUGGAGUUUUGCUCCUACACAAUACUGGCAACGAAACAUCAGGUGAUGGACUGUAGCAUGCAGCUGCCUGUGAAUACGUGAUAGUUCUGUAUCGGUCCUGCAAUUGGAUGUGUUAUUUGUCCCGUGGUCGUAGCGGGGAUAGUAGGCAUGCAUGAUAGCAUGUACGUAAUGAACACGAUUUGUUUAUGCUGGUGCCAGAUUAAGUCAAUCAAGAAGAGAAACACGGGCCCAUGCUCUGGAAUGUGUUUGUAGGCCUGGAGCCCGAUUGCGUAUCUCAUGGGCCUAAACUGUUACCUCUGGGCUCUCACCCAGUUUUUUUUUUUCUCUAGGGAAAAAAGAUCUCCCCAACUUCCGUGAUC